UUCAAGAAUGGGUGCGGGAAGGGGUGUGGCUGAUUUUGGAAGCCAGCUAAGGCGCAAUUUUUAUCGAAUUGGAAUCGCGGGAAAAAGGAGAGGAAGGUAUCUGAAGAUCUCGCGAGAUGGACUGAGCUAGGCUAGUCAGAAUUAGGCGGUCUCUCGCGAUACGUACAGGAAGCUGUCAGCUGGUGGAAGGGAAAUGCGGUGAGGCCUCUCGCGAGACUUGAAGGUACCGCAGCGGUCAGGAGGACAGAACCGGAAGUCCUUAGUCGUGAGCGUCCGAUGCUGGAAGCGGCCUGACUUUCUUUGCCGGAAACUCUUCCAGGGGAUGGGAAGACGGCCCACCUGGCCGGAAGUCCCACCCCUUUGAGCUCCCCCACCCUUCCAGAAGUUUUUCUGUCACCUGUGCUGGUCUCUGUCCCCUUUCCAGGUUUUAUUCGUAUACCAGAAAAGGAUUAUUUUUAGUCUCUCCCUCCCAGCUCCAAUAGACUAGUUGGGUACCUCACUCCCCGAGUCGGAGGUCCUUCCCCGAGCCCCCAUGUAGGUGGGAAGUGGGACCUGGGGGUGGUUGGACCCCUGGGAUCCUGAAGGAGGGCCAGAGAGGGCGCAGAACUCCGUUUCUGUUCCUCUUACCCGGACGCGGCCCCCUCCGCCUCUCCUCCCGCUGCCAUGCACCCUGCGGCCUUCCCGCUUCCUGUGGUUGUGGUCACUGUGCUGUGGGGAGCGGCCCCCAGCCGGGGGCUCAUUCGAGCGAUCUCGGACCACAAUGCCAGCAUGGACUUUGCAGACCUCCCAGCUCUCUUUGGGGCUGCUUUGAGCCAGGAGGGACUUCAGGGCUUCCUUGUGGAGGCUCACCCAGACAAUGCCUGCAGCCCCAUUGCCCCACCACCCCCAGCCCCGGUCAACGGGUCAGUCUUUAUUGCACUGCUUCGAAGAUUCGACUGCAACUUUGACCUCAAGGUCUUGAAUGCUCAGAAGGCUGGGUAUGGUGCAGCUGUGGUACACAAUGUGAAUUCCAAUGAACUUCUGAACAUGGUGUGGAAUAGUGAGGAAAUCCAGCAGCAGAUCUGGAUCCCAUCUGUGUUUAUUGGGGAGAGGAGCUCCGAGUACCUGCGUGCCCUCUUUGUCUACGAGAAGGGGGCUCGGGUGCUUCUGGUCCCAGACAAUAGCUUCCCCUUGGGCUAUUACCUCAUCCCUUUCACAGGGAUUGUGGGACUGCUGGUUUUGGCCAUGGGAGCAGUGAUGAUAGUUCGUUGCAUCCAGCAUAGGAAACGACUCCAGCGAAAUCGACUGACCAAAGAGCAGCUGAAACAGAUCCCUACACAUGACUAUCAGAAGGGAGACCAGUAUGAUGUGUGUGCCAUCUGCCUGGAUGAAUAUGAGGAUGGGGACAAGCUGAGGGUACUCCCCUGUGCUCACGCUUAUCACAGCCGCUGUGUGGACCCCUGGCUCACUCAAACCCGGAAGACCUGCCCCAUCUGCAAGCAGCCUGUGCAUCGGGGUCCUGGGGAUGAUGAGCAGGAGGAAGAAACCCAGGGGCAAGAGGGUGAUGAGGAAGGGGAGCCAAGGGACCAGCCUGCCUCAGAACGGACCCCUCUUCUGGGCUCCAGCCCCACACCUCCCUCCUCAUUUGGCUCUCUAGCUCCAGCACCCCUUGUCUUUCCUGGGUCUUCAACAGACCCCUCGCCCUCUACCUCUUCAGCUGCCAUCCUGGUUUAAUACUCCCCUCCGCACCACCUCUGAUGACCUAUUUGCACAGCCCCUCUUCCUCUCUUGUCUUCUACUUUUCAGGGAUAGGAGAUACUUCCACCCCAGAUUUCUCCUCUUAUCCAGCUCCAUCCUUUUGAAGGGGUUGGGGGUACAAAGGGACAGGGUCUUCACUUACUGGGUUAAUAAAAUUGUUUUUGUGGACUAAGGAAGGGUGAGAUCAUUCUCACACAGGGAAAUGUAUCAUCCUUUGGGGAACUGCCCCUUUCUGCCAUACAGGGGCAAGGGUGUGCGGGGAGGAGAGGCUAACCUGCCGUCUUGGGGACAGCCCCAGUAGGCAUCUGUUGUGACUCAGAGAGGGAGAGCCCCACCCACACAUGAGGAUGACUCAACUGGCCCUGCCUUGCCCGCAGGCCUGGACCCAUUCUCUGGUCUGAAUGGCUCUAUUCCAUUAUCCACCAAUUCAGCUAGCACACUGGGGACCUAGGGCUGGAUAUGUUAUUGUGAAAGGCCUGGCCAAUCUGGCCAGGCAGGGCUGAAGCAGAUGUUUAGUCCUGGACAUGAAAGCAAGAAGCUCAAAAUCUUAAGACUUUGUAGUGCCCUCAACCCUCCUGCUGCUUCUAACCCCAAGCCAGGAUAAAGGAGGCAGGUCACAAGAGCUGUCCUCCAUCCUGACACCCAGGCUACAACCACACAGCACCUUGUUAGUAGAAUCUUUUUUAUUCAGAAAAAAAACCCAAAAAACAAAAAAAUUGUCCAACCACACACAGGAGGGGUAUGGGUUGGGGGCAGGGGGUGUCUGUCCAUCUAGCCCGGGCCCCCAGCCCAUGUGGUUUUGGCAGCAAUAAGGGGUGUGGGGUAAUGGCCC